GAGACACCAAAACACAGAGAUUCUCCAAAACAAGAGCACACACUGCCCCGGGGCACCCAGACUGGAAGAGGAAUCAGAGAGAGAGUGAACGAGAACGAUCCAAGCCAGAGAGUGAAAUCAGAGAGGGAUGGGGAUCACGGAGUUUGGACUGAGAGAUCAAUGGACCGCCAGAACCUUCCCGUGAAGGGGCAGAGCCAGUAGCUCGGAUCCACCACAACCCACAACCUGACUGGAUCAUGAACCUGGUCCUGCUGGCGGUACGCUGGCUCUGCCUGGUCUGGGCUAUGGCAUGGCCGGUAACCGUGGUGACAGGGAUCCGUAACAAUCGAAGGCGGAAGCACAAGGCCCUGGGGGAGAACGCCAAGGACAGAGCCAAAGGGGAUGUGGACAAUAAACUGAAGAAGCAGGACAGCACCAAGUCUUUAAUUGUCAAGACUGAAAAGCUGCUGAAAAUCAAGGAGCAUGAUUUUGCUAUAAGACCAGGAUUUGGAGGUGCAGCCCUCCCUGUGGGCAUUGAUGUUCAGGUGGAGAGCAUCGACAGCAUCUCCGAGGUCAACAUGGACUUCACCAUGACCCUGUACCUGCGUCACUACUGGAAGGAUGAGCGGCUGAUGUUUCCGUCUCCUAGCAACAUGAGCAGGACGUUUGACGGGCGUCUUGUGAAGAAGAUCUGGGUUCCGGACGUUUUCUUCGUCCACUCCAAGAGGUCCUUCAUCCAUGACACCACCAUGGAGAACGUCAUGAUCCGAGUCUAUCCCGACGGAAACAUCCUCUACAGUGUCAGGUGGGGCGUCUGCGAACGUGUGGGUGUGUCUAUGAGUAGUUUCUAUGUGUAUUUGGGUAAUGCUUCUGUUGUUGUUGCUAGGAUCACGGUGACUGCUCUCUGCUCCAUGGACUUCAGCAGCUUCCCUCUGGACACACAGAACUGUUCACUGGAACUAGAGAGCUAUGCGUACAAUGAGAAUGAUCUGAUGCUGUACUGGAAGAAUGGCAACGACUCCCUGAGGACUGAUGAGAUCGUUCUCUCUCAGUUCUUCAUCCAGAGGUUCCAUCCUUCCAGCGGCCUGGCCUUCUACAGCAGCACGGGUUGGUAUAACAGGCUGUUCAUAAACUUCAUCUUGAGGAGGCACAUCUUCUUCUUCAUGCUGCAGGCGUAUUUUCCCACCAUGCUGAUGGUGCUGCUGUCCUGGGUGUCCUUCUGGAUCGACCGGAGGGCAGUGCCUGCACGCGUGUCCCUGGGCAUGACUACAGUCCUGACCAUGUCCACCAUCAUCACUGGGGUUUCCUCCUCGAUGCCACAGGUGUCCUAUGUGAAGGCAGUGGAUAUCUACCUGUGGACCAGCUUCCUCUUUGUGUUCCUGUCAGUGAUAGAAUAUGCUGCUGUCAACUACUGCUCUACGCUGGAUGAGAUGAGACGAAUGAAGACAGGAAAGCUCCCAACCUCAUACAAUGUCAACCAGGCCAUGGCUUUUGACGGCUGUUUCCACGACAAUGACCUUGAGUUGACCCCUUACCCCUGCCUGCCGACCGCCAUGUCCUCCAACCACUACAGAACUCCAUCCCAGAACCCAGUGGACCCACCCACCGAGGGAACACGUCUACGCCGACAGAGGUCGCUGAGAGAGAAUCUGGACUUGCUGCUUAGCAAAAGCUACUUGAUCGACUCAUACUCCCGCAUAGCCUUCCCCAUGUCCUAUCUCCUAUUUAAUGCCAUCUACUGGAGUAUGUACUCCUCCUGAGGGACCCUCCUAAAUUCAUCUUUUCUGAUGGACCCUCCUGACUACGACCCCUGCUGAAGGACUCUCCUGAGUAUUCCUGAAGGACCCUCCUGUAUACUGCUGGGACCCACUUGACAACAAAUCUUUCAGAGGGACCCUACUAAACAUGUACUUGCCAUAAGGCACCCUACUGAUUCUUGGGUCCUAUGGGGUAUAUGCUCCA